UUUGUGUCAGUUUCUCAAACAUAACGGACGACCUGUCCUUUCUCUGGGAAGCAGACAGUUGUUGGGCUGAACACACACAUAUCGUCGUGUAGAGCAGCAGCAGCAGGUGGAGGACAGAGAGCAAGCAAAGCGCAAAUCAUGCCAAACUGUUACUGGAGUAACAGAGCUGACAGUGGGAGUGCAUGUUGACGAUCGUCUGUUGAGUCCUUAACUACCUGGAGCCUGCUGAUUUUCUUCUUCGCCUUUUAAUUGGAAAGUGUUUUCACAAUGGGGAGGAAGAAGAUCCAGAUCACGCGGAUCGUAGAUGAGAGGAACCGGCAGGUGACGUUCAUGAAGAGGAAGUUUGGUUUGAUGAAGAAGGCCUAUGAGCUGAGCGUUCUGUGUGACUGUGAAAUCGCGCUCAUCAUCUUCAACAGCUCCAACAAGCUAUUUCAGUACGCCAGCACUGACAUGGACAAAGUCCUGCUGAAAUACACCGAGUACAACGAACCCCAUGAGAGCAGAACUAACUCGGACAUCGUUGAGGCCCUGAACAAGAAGGAGCAUAGAGGUUGUGACAGCCCCGAUAAUGAUGGCUCCUACAUCCUCACCCCCAGCACUGAGGAGAAAUACAAGAAGAUCAAUGAGGAAUUUGACAACAUGAUGAAAAGUCAUAAAAUUUCCACAGGACAUCCUCAGCAGAAUUUCAUGCAUGUAGCACCAGGCGGCAUGUCAUACAGCCCUGGUGCAGGAGGAGGAGGUAGUGUGACUUCCCAGGCACUUGCUGCAGCUGACAGUGGGAUCCUCUCCUCACAUCACUCCCAUCUCCACAGAAACUCACCACAAAGAUCUCCCAGCACUGGAAACACAGGUGGUCUCCAUGGCAGUUCCGACUUGGCUCUUCAGAAUGGAUCUGGAACAAUUGUAAAUGGUUUUGUGGGCUCACCUGGUGGAAGCAGUUUGGGCAAGAUCAUACAUUCCAAAUCUCCUCCUCCUCCUCCUCUCCCACCUCCUGGGAACAGCCUUGGCUCUUCCAGCCGCAAGAGUGAUCUCAGAGUGGUCAUACCCCAGUCCAAAGGAAUGAUGCAAACACUGAGCAACCAGAGACUGAGCAGCAGUCAGUCCAACCAGCACCAGCCUCUGUCCACCCCAGUGGUCUCUAUCACCACACCCAGUCUGCCUCACCAAAGUCUGGUCUACUCUGGCAUCAACUCUAACUACAACAAUGAUUAUUCCCUGAACAGUGCAGAGCUGUCAGGCUUCAGCUCGCCUGCAGGGUCAUCUCUGAGCUCCAUGGCAGCGUGGCAGCAACACCAGCUGGCUUCACUGGGGCCAGGGAGCUCCAGUCUCUCCAUCAACACCAACCACAACAUCAACAUCAAAGCCGAGCCGAUCUCCCCACCCCGUGACCACCUCAACCAGUCUGUGUAUGUGAGCCAGGCUCACGCUCCUCCUCAUCCUCACUCGGCCAACUCCUCAUCCACCCGAGCAGAGAUGGGGAGGUCCCCAGCAGACAGUGUCAGCUCCUCCUGCAGCUCUCAUGAGGGCGGUAGUGACAGGGAAGAGCAUCAGCAGCAUCAGCAGCAGCAACAUCAGCAGCAACAUCAGCAGCAGCAGCAGCAGCAGCAGCAUCAGCAUCAUCGGCCGGACUUCCACUCGCUCCCUGUCAGCCGGUCAGAGGGCGGGGAGAGUCCGACGCUCAAACGAAUGCGAAUGGACAGCUGGGUGACAUAGAUCCUGCAGUCGAGAGGUGACACAGCAUCAGGGUAAACACAGGAAGGACAUUAUUAUGCAAAUGUAAUGUUGAUUUUUUUUUUUCUUUAAGUUAUCUGGGUUUUUUUUUUAUUGUUGUUGUUGGUCAGACUUUUGAGAAUGAUUAAGCACCAUUGGUCUGGAAAUUGUGAAUCAAGCAAAAACAUUUAAUCAAAGUUCAGAAACUUUCUGUGGUAUUUACAUAGACAUAAACAUAACAUACCAUUCAUUUUAAUAUACUCUCAACAAAACUAUAAAUUCAACCUUUAUUUUUACUUUCGUAUUGAGAUUAAGUCCACAUAAAAGCUUAUUUCUACUAAACUUUGUUCUCAAAUUAGUUUAUUAUUAUUGAAGCACUUCCUAGCCAUCUAUUAUCAAUCCAUCUGGAUGCUUUGAGAGAAAUAAGCCUUUUUAUCAUUUCAUCAGUUUGCACAGAAUACAUUUUACAUAUUUUUCUUUAA